GUAAGACACUAGAACAAGCCGCGGCGCCUUUCCGCGCGUAACUGAGCUUCCUGUUGCACGUACGGCACGCAGCGCGCUUUUUAAAAGCAGCUCAUAGCUUGGCGAAGCCUUGCUUUUAAACGCGGCGCGCCAGACGCCGUGCCCACAGAGAUUGGUGGUGGCGACCAAAUCAAGGCAAAUCGCCCAGACGCCACAGCAGCCAUGCCGGCCCGCAAAGCCAAAGUAGGAGCGAACGGAGCCCUGGUACGCCUGGGCUUCGAGAAGAGCUCGUCCAAGAUCAAAGACCUCCCAGCCGGCUCGACCGUCGACGUCGUCGAGACCAAGGGCGAGCGCUGCCGAUUGAGAAGCCCGGCCGGCUGGGUCUCGGCCAAAACUUUAGAAUUUGAACCGGAAAUGCCCCUCUCGCCCGUGUUAAGUAGGUCGCCGCCGAAAGCUAUCUCCCCGCCGAAGCAAGCAUUGGACGUCCAGCUCUCGCAGCGCUCGACGGCGCUCGAGAAGGCUCUGGAUACGACACCGAAAGCCAAGCCCAAAAAAAGAGCAGCCAAAAAACCCAAGUCCGCGGCCUUCGACGAGCAGGAGCCCUUUGAACUGUCCGGAGCUACUGUGCGAUGCUGGGUCCAUUCGAGGACGGGGUGUAGGGUGCGCCUCGUGAGCGCCCCAGGCCCCAUGGCGAACCUGUAUGGUGUGUUAGCGACCGAAGCUACCGAAGAGGCGUGGUGCAAGGCUGAUGAUGGAUUACCACACACUCUAGAACACCUAGUGUUUUUGGGUAGUGAAGACUACCCCUACAAAGGCGUGUUAGAUAAAUUGGCCAACAGAUGUCUAGCAAGAGGAACAAAUGCUUGGACUGAUGUGGAUCACACGGCUUAUACCGUGACGACCGCGGGCACGCAAGGGCUGUUGAAUUUAUUACCUAUCUAUGUCGAUCAUAUGUUACGACCGACGUUGACGGACGAAGGCUUCGUGACGGAGAUCCACCACGUCACGGGAGAAGGAGAAAACAAGGGCGUCGUCUACUGCGAGAUGCAGGGGCGCGAGAAUUCCGCCGAAUCUGUUGCCGAGAGAGCUUGCCUCGGGGCGUUAUAUGCCAAGACGGGCUACGCUUCCGAGACGGGCGGCAUCUGCGAUAACAUCCGCAAACUGGAGAACAAGACGAUCCAGCGGUACCAUGCGGAAUUUUAUCGGGCCGAGAACCUGUGUCUGAUCGUCACCGGGGGGGUCGACGCGGGCCAAUUACUAGACGUGGUGGACGAGGCCUUAGCUCGAUCCUGGCCUGCCGAGAAAGUAUCUUCAUCAAAAGGUUUAACGAGGCCCUGGACGACACCAGUGCCUCCCCCGUCAUUACCCUAUACUUCUAGAGACGUAGUGUUCCCCUCAGCAGACGAGGAAACGGGAUUAGUCGUCUGUGGCUGGCGCGCGUCGAAAUACGGCGACCCUCACACCGAUUGUAGGGCCACAUUACUCUGGCAGUAUCUCUGCGACGGCGCCGCCUCACCCAUGACGAAAAAGUUCGUCGACGAAGGUCUUUGUAGCGGCGUGUUUCCCUCCGGAGACACGUUCAGGGUAGGCUACCGCCAGGUCUGGUUCGACGACGUCGCUACUGACUCGUUAGAAAGGGUCCAAGCCGAGUUCGACGCUGCACUAGUAGAGCAAUCAAAGAAGGGCAUCGAUCCCACGCGCAUGCGGGACAUCAUCGCGAGGCAGAAACGGAAGACGCUCGCGGCCUGCGAGGACGACCCCUGUGCGUUGUUAGUCUCCCCUGUUCUGAAGCAUUUCAUCUACGCUGAUCAGAGGGAUGAGACUUCUACUUUGAAGGAGCUGGGCGACGCCCUAGGGUUGUUGGAGUACGCCCAAGCCUUAGAUACGGCGACGUGGGACGCGGAUUUGCAGAAGCUGGCCUCGUCUGCUGAUGAACGAGUCUGGGUCAUCUCUAGGCCGUCCGCGGCGGAAGCGUCUAGACAGAGAGACGAGGAGGAGUCGAGGAAGCAAGCGACGAUCAAGAGGGAAGGUCCUGAAGGUCUGAAAGCUCUCCAAGAUAAGUUAGACAAGGCCCAAGAAGUUAACGAGCGCGACAUACCCUCGGAGAUGCUCAGCUGCGUCCCGGAGCCAGACCUCGAGGAGGCCACGACGCAAUUGUUUGAUGUCCAGAGCUUUCCCGGUUCAACGACGUUAACGAAGAGCGCCGAGGCGUGGGUGUCUCCGGGCCAGCAGUGGGCCCUGGACCACGUCGCCGGGACGCAGUUUUGUAGGGUUGAUGUCUGCUGCGAUACACGUGGUCUAGCACCUGAGUUGCGGGAGUUCCUACCUCUACUCUCAGAAGUGCUGCUGAAGGCGCCGACGUACGAUGACCAAGGUAACGUAGUCAGCGCGGACGACAACAUCUCCCAGCUCAGACGAAGAACCGUUUCUUAUGGAUGCGGCACCGGAUUGUUAGGCUCAGGGACGUCGUGGGGCUUCUUUGUGGGAUGUAAAGUGGAUAGAGCCUCCGAAUCUUAUCAAGGGGGCGCGGACAUCGUGCGUACGAUCUUAACGCAGACUGAUAUAUUUGAUGAGGCAAGAGUCGACCAAGCCGUCGCAAAGAUGUCUCUCGAAUUACAAUCGGCGUUGCGGGACGGGGGCACCGUCGCGAGGAUGGCUUUACAUGCGUUAGUCUUCGACCGCGUGGCGGACAACGGCGCUCUGUUGGCCUAUGCUGCUCAAAGAGCAUUUUUGAGAGAAGCUCGAUUCUCCUUGUCGAAGCUCGGGACGUUGUUGGGAAGAAGAAAACAGUUUAUGAGGGACUUUGGUGCAUUAGCACUGGCGCUCUUCGACCCGACGACUCAGAUCAGUCGGGUGGCCGGCGAUCUACUAGGUGGAGUGAACCCCAUCUCUGCAGAGUCGUUGGACACUCUAUCUCAAACUCCGUCGAAAGCCAAGGAGGCCUUCCAGAAGAGAUGCGACCAGAUAGGCACUCGUAAAGCACCGCGUAGCGAACCAGCGAAACCGCAACAGAUAAGGUGGGGCCGCCUCACCGUCGUAGGAGUCGGUUCCUUGGAAGGCGGCUCGGCGUUCCUGAAUCGCUGCGCGCUGGGGCCCUCGGCCAAUGACCCCCUGAAAUGGUCGGCGUCGCUGGCAGUAGCAUUGGAGUACCUCAAUGCCUUAGAGGGCGACUUCUGGGUCAAGAUUCGGGGUGCGGGGUUGGCCUACGGCGCUUCGCUCCGAGCGGAUUCUGUCCAUGGGCUGAUCUACUUUGGGUUGUAUCGUAGUGCGUCGCCGAAGGAGGCGUUGGACGCUGCUAAACAAAUUGUUGCUGGGUACGCGGACGGAUCUACUCCUAUCAGGUCGGACGACUUCGCGAACGCGCGCGGUUCUCUGGCUUCGGGGUUGGUGGAGGGCGAGAAAACUAGAUCCCAGGCCCUUUUCGGGGCGUGGCGCCGCGCUUUGUUGAAUCAAGAUUCAGAUAGGAACCGGCAACUCAUCAAGGCGGUCGGUUCCGUGUCCGAGAGGGACGCCUUGGACGCGAUCCGCACCUGGGUGGCGCCGCUCUUCGACGACGCCUGCGCUUGCACGGCGAUCGCGUGCGCGCCGGCCAAAGUGGAAACGUUGCGUGCGACUUUACUGGACACCAAGCGCCUGGCCGCUUCGCCAGAAGUGUAUGAUGAUUCGACGCUGGAGGCCAUGGUCGGGAGAAAACCGGAGCUGUCCCUGGCGAAGAAGGCCGGGUUCGUCGCGUUUGGGGCGUUUGCGGCGGUCGCGGUGCUGAGGGCUAGGAGAAAGUGAGGGCGUAAAUAAGUAUCCUCCUUAGUCGC